UUGAUUUCAAUAAAUUCUCCCGUUUUAGAUCCGAUUUGAAAAUGUCGAGCUUUGUAAAGCGCCGCGGAGCGGUCACCAUCAAGGGAACGCGCGCUUCGCUGCACAGUGGGCAAGCCAUUCUGUCGUCGGGCAAUCCAUCGUUGGAUCACGUUUUCGGCGGGGGAUUUCCCAUCGGAUCGAUCAUUGCAAUCGAGGAGGACAAAUAUGCAAACUAUUCCCGUGUGCUGACGAAAUAUUUUCUUGCUGAGGGCCUAGUCAACAGUCAUUCCACAUUCGUUGCUUCUUUGGAGGAAGAUCCAGUGCAAUUGAUGAAAAAACUUCCAACCCCGGUGGAAGACACCGAACCAGAGCGAACGUCACAGAACCAAGCUCCAGAAGACAUGCGAAUCGCCUUCCGCUACAACAAACUAGCCGUAGUCGACCUUGAGCAAAAAUCCAGCACUCAGUUGGGUCACUUCUUCGACCUGUCCAAACAAAUCGACGAAUCCGAACUGACCAAACACGACAUCACCUAUUGGGAUGGCACUGAUUGUCCCGAUAACCUUUCAAAAGCCUUCACCAACCCCAGCUUCCAAUCCCUCCUGGAUGCCAUCCAUCUAAAAGUCAAACAACCCCAGUUCGAUCAGUCCAAUUCCGAGGUCAAGGACAAAAAUCUCCUGCGAAUCUGCAUUAACUCGAUUGGUUCACCUCUUUGGUAUGACCAGAACUUCCCCUCGGACCUGGUCAAGUUCCUCACCAUCCUGAAAGCGUUCGUCCGUAACACCCUUUCCUGUUGCCUCGUAACCCUCCCGACGCACCUCUUUCACCACCUGGAAGGUGACACACAACGCAUGUACGAUCGCUUGAUCGAUCAGGUCGAUUGCUGCAUCGCACUGGAGUCGUUCGCCGGUUCGGACAAGGAAACCAAUCCGGUGUUCAAGGAGUACCACGGUCUGCUGGAUAUUGUGAAAAUUUCGGCGCUCAACACGCUGGCAGCAUUUGUUCCGGAAACGCGGGAUCUGGCGUUUAAGCUGCGUCGCAGGAAGUUCGUGAUCGAGAAGCUGCACCUGCCGCCGGAGUUGGGUGACGAUAAGGAUGAACGCGGUCAGAAGAAGGUGGCGUCGAUGGGGAUGGGGUGCGCUAGUGCGGGUGGAGGUGGCGGAAAGUUGGAUUUUUAAAUGAGGAAGUGGUACAAAUUGUUGAAAAUAAAUGGAUAUUACGAUAA